UAACAGCGCGGAUACGGAUGGUACGAUCACAGACGGCGAUGAUGUUAGUGUGGACGAAAGCUCGUCCCUGCUUCGAAAACGAAAGAAGCACAACAUCAAUGUGUUAGACAAACUGCGUAAAGUGAAUGAACAAGCACUGGAAAUGGAUAAGGGAGGCCCUAGAGGCGACCGUUCAAAGACUAUCCUUAUACCCGCACGGGUGGAGCCGAAGGUCUUCUUUGCCAAUGAGAGGACCUUCCUGAACUGGCUACACACCUCUACGAUGAUCUCUACCAUUGGCCUGGCGUUGCUCAAUCUGGCACCUAACAAGGCGUCUGCAAAGGGCGCAAAGAUGGCUGGAAUCAUGCUCAUCCCGGUCGCCAUCCUGUUCUUGGGCUACGCGCUGUACCUGUACUUCUGGCGCGACCAAAUGAUCCGCAACCGCGAGUCCAAGCCGUACAACACUGUGGUUGGCCCGGUUGUCAUCACGCUAGUGUUCAUGCUGUGCCUGAUAGUCAACUAUGUACUGUUCUUUGUUGAGCAAGGUGCGGCACCCAAUCAGUGGGGCAUGAACGAUGCCAUGUGCGAGUGCCCGGCACCGGGUAGCGGAUGAGUAGGUGGUUGUAGAAGAAUUAACCAGCACACGAGUGCAUGGGGUUAGUAAUACGGGGGUUCUUGGAAUAUAGGCGUACAAGGAUUCUCUGACUAUAGGCGUACAGAGAUUCUUGGAAUAUUGAAUAUUUGCAGGUGCGUUGUAUAUACAACAGCACACAUCACACGGCGUAUAGCACAGUGAUGAGGAGAACUUUGGUGUUCAGGGAUGGUAUGAAACACUGGCUGCACACUUUGGGCAGAGGGGGCGGUACCACCUACGCCAGGGAUGAAUGGAUAAAUUUGUUUCACAAUAAAAACUCACAUCGCAUCUGGAGUUCAAUACUGGACCCAGGUGAAUUAGGUGUCUGAUAUGCAAA